AUGAAGAAGAGGUCCGUGGUGUUCGUGCUCAUCGACGGGCUGGCCGACGUGUCGCUCUUAGAGCUCGGCCAGAAGACGCCACUCGAGGCGGCGAAGACGCCAGCUAUGGACGCCAUCGCCCAUGGCGGUCUCACGGGUCUCAUGGACCCUGUGGAACCUGGUUACGCGUGUGGUAGUGAUACGGCGCACAUGUCGAUUUUGGGUUACAAUCCCAUCAUUCACUAUCGCGGUCGUGGAUCGUUUGAAGCUAUGGGAGCCGGAAUACCAAUGAAGAGAGGCGACGUUGCAUUCAAGUGCAAUUUUGCCACCGUCAAGAAGAAUGACAAUGGCGAAUUCAUCGUCGAGCGGCGACGUGUCGACCGUGACUUUUCGGACUGGGGGACUGACCUUUGCAGUUUUUUGGAUGGCUUGACUCUCCCGGAGUUUCCUGGUGUGGUAGUGAUUGCCAAACAUGCUACGGAACACCGCUGCGGGAUUGUUUUCCAGGGUCCGGGUCUUUGUGACAAAAUAACAGGCACGGACCCGCUGAAAGACAACCUUCCCCUGGUAACAUCGGAACCGACUAACGACACCCCGGAAGCUGCGUACUCUAGCAAGCUGUUGAACGCAGUCUCUGAUGCCAUUCAUAAGCGGCUGUCAAAUCAUCCGAUUAACAAGGCACGUGAAGCUCAAAACAAGCCACCAGCAAAUGUGGUGCUGUUACGUGGCCCCGGCGAACGGAUCGACGUUCCACCGUUCGCUGAUAAACACGGACUCACUCCUUUCAUGAUUGCCCCAACGUGCAUCAUUGCUGGCCUCGGCAUGUCAUUGGAGUUUAAGAUCGCUCUUGCCCCAGGUGCUACAGGAGACUACCACACAAACUUGUGCUCAAAGGCAGAGACGGCACUGGAACUGCUGCGAAGUAACGAGUACGACUUUGGCUUUGUCCACGUCAAGGCAGUCGACGAUGCUGGCCACGACCGUGAUGUGGAAAAGAAAGUGCACUUUAUCGAGCGUGCAGAUGAAAUGAUCGCUUUGCUGCUGGAAGGUAUCCACACAACGUGUCAAGACGAGGACAACGACGUGACUAUCAUUGUCACUGGUGACCAUACAACACCCGUGAAGUACGGAGAUCAUACGUUUGAGCCCGUGCCGCUGGCAAUCGCACGUGUCGGGUAUGCGUACGAGAAGUUGCAGCACCAUAUAAAAGUUGGUGAAACGAAGCAGCAGACGAGCGACGAUACUGGUCCACCUGGUCCAUUGACGGACCGGGUGACGCGAUUUUCUGAACUGGCCGCAGCACGCGGUGCCCUUGGUCGUUUUGCCGGCGACCAGGUCAUGGAGCUUGUUAAGAGCUUUCGCGAAUACGAGCUGUAA